AUGAUAUAUGAAGAAGAGGCUGAGGAAUGGGCUCUGUACUUGAAGGAAAUUUUUUUACAUGUUGUGAAAAGGGAAGCAAUCCUGUUAUAUCACUUGGAGAAUUACUCUCUUCAGGAUUUUGAAUUGCUGAGUUUAAACUCUUACAAAUGUAAACUUUUGAUAUUAUCGAGUAGCCUGCUUAAAAACCUAACUCGAAAGAAAUGUCAGUUUUUGGAAAAGGUACUGCAUUCACCAGAAAGUGUGGUUACUCUGCUGUGUGGGGUGAAGAGUUCAGAUCAGCUCUAUAAACUAUUAAAUGUCUCCGGAGGCAGAUGGGAGAUCUCAACUGAGCAGGAGCCUGACGACUACAUCUCUGUCAUCGAGAGCAUCAUAUUCAGAGGUUCUGAGGACUACCUUGAGGUUGAUAUUCCAACAGACCUAAGAGUGGAAUAUUCUGGGAAAAUAAGUGAGAGAAAGGAAAUUGAAGAAUUAUCAGAAGCUUCAAGAAUCACCAUACCACUGGCAGUAGUGCUUCCUGCUGAAAUUCCAUGUGAGAAUCCUGGUGAAAUAUUUAUUAUUUUGAGAGAUGAAUUAAUUGGUGAUACUGUGGAGAUUGAAUUUACAUCAAGUAACAAAUGCAUUAGAACACGGCCAGCCCUUUGGAACAAGACAGUCUGGUGUAUGAAAGCUUUAGAUUUUCCUGCUGGCUCUGUCAAUGUCGAUGUCUACUGUGAUGGAAUCCUUAAGGCCACAACAGAGAUUAAGUACUACACAGCAGCAAAGGCUAAGGAAUGCCUAUUGGGAGUGGCAGGUCCAGGAGAUGGUGUGUGCUGGAAUGACAUUGGUGAACUUGAUGAUAUUCUCACAUCCAUAUUCAAACACGAAAUACCACAUUAUGAGUUCCGAGCUCUCCAAACUGAAAUCUACCCUCCAGAAGAAUAUACUCAUUUCAAAGAACUUCCAACUCUUCUCCACUGUGCAGCAAAAUUUGGCUUAAAGAACUUGGCUAUUCAUUUGCUUCGAUGUUCAGGAGCAACCUGGGCGUCUAAGGUGAAAAAUUCGGAGGGCUCAGAUCCAGCACGUAUCGCUGAAACGCACGGGCACAGAGAACUCAAGGAAAUCUUUGAAGACUUUUCAGCUGAAGGCCUUUGGUGGCAGUGUACUCAAGGAAGCAAAGUACCUCAGGCAAAAGACAUUCUCAUUGGUGCUGAACUUGUUCCUGAUAAAGUGAUCGCUAGUGUCCCAGCACGUGAUGAAAAAGAUGAACAUAAAAAUGUCCAAAACAUCCUCAUAAAUGUUAAAAGACCCCGAAAUGGAAGGCAGUGUCAUAAUUGGAACAAAAACCUUCCAAACUUGAGUUCUUUUGUUUUCCUCUGGCUUCUUUCAAGUCCGUUAGCUUGUGUAGAACAGAACAGUCUAGAGCUGUCGCACGUCUACCGGUCAAAAGGCAAUGCAGUCUCAGCGAGGGCAGAAUUCAUCACAAAUGCUGAUGAGAGCAAUCGGUAUGGACACCACGGCUGUAGAGAGGAGCCCUUGUCAAAUAAACACAAUGGCGUUAUGCUUUCAGAAUGA